AAUCAACUAAAAGGGGCAUAUAUAUGAUGAUAUAUCUGUAAUCUGUCUUAUAGUAUAGCCUCAUAGGAGUUCUGUUCGAGAACUAUGCGCACCCCAAAAUGAAUGUUAUCAUUUUGAUGAUUUAUUUAUCGAUUUCAAUUUCCGUUUGUAAAAUUUCCUCUUGUUAAACAACCUUUGCCAUUUGCAUUUCCUUUGCAAGAGAGCGAAAUGUGGAGUAGAUUUUGGGCGCCGCUUGGAAGGAUAAACCCACCGUAUUCCUCCGCUUUCCAGCACAACUAUAUCGCCGCCGCCACAUCAGCCAAUACCCACCUCUCUACUGCCACGUCUAGUUCGCCGCUAGCUUUCUUCUCUAUACACUCCACCAUUGCAUCUGGAAAUGUCGAUACAGGGAAAAUGAUUGCUUCUGGUCAAAACCGUGGAACAAAAGAAGAGCAUCUUAUACACACUACAAAAAAUGGCAUUGCUGUAUUGCCAUCUUAUCAUAGGGAUCAUAGGUCCUGCUUUUCACAACUAUCCACAAUGGGGCUUAUUUUUCCUAGUAGGUUAAUUGCAACCAUGGCAACCUCCGGGGGUACUGUUUCCCCAGAUGCUUUAAGUCCUGACUGUCAACCAACUCCACGUAUCAAAUUUAAGAGACUCGAUAAGACAGCAAAACACAUAAUGCAGACCCUUGGCGUUGCAGAUUUUGGACAAGGAAGCAGUUGAGGAAGUGAAGACUCUAAGAGAGAUACCUGAUAUAAGGCCUGGCUAUAUUUUGCAGCUCAAAGUGGAAGUACCCGAAAAUAAGAGGCGUCUUUCAAUAGUCAAAGGAACAGUAAUAGCGAGGCGCAAUGCUGGUUUGAAUACUACAUUCAGAUUAAGGAGACCUGUUGCGGGUGUUGGUGUUGAAUCCCUCUAUCACCUAUACUCGCCAAAUAUAAAGGAGAUAAAGGUAUUGGACAAGCAUAAAGUGAGAAGGGCCAAGCUAUACUAUCUGAGGGACAGAAUGAAUGCAUUGAAGAAACGCUAGAGUGGGACUAACAAGUUUAUUUUGUUACAAGCAACUCUAGGACUUGCUUUACCCACACAAGGUAAAAACCUGUUGGAGUAUUAAUUGACAUACUCUUUCAGCAUUCAUAGAUUCAGUAUUCUCUUAGUUUUAUCAUAUCAAGAGCCCUUUGUUCUUAUUUUUAUAGUAAUAACUAAUAAGAAUAUAAGAUGCCAUCUUCGAUUAUACUGGAUAUCAUCUGGGGCUUGGACCUCAAAUUUUAUGGUCUUGUGUGGUAAAUGUCUGGUAAAUGUGUGAUUUACCGAUGUCUGAGCUUGGUUCAAUUU